CCUCACCUUUGGCAACUCGAACCUAAAACAAAAACAAAGCCAAGCCGUAAACGGCAGAAAACUAACACUCUCCGCAAAAUCUAUAUUAUUUGCGGCCUAAUUUAGAAAUUGAUAAGCCGCUCGGAAUGUUCUGCUGCCUACGCACCUGUCUCAACGGAGGACAGCUACGAAAACCCGCGGCAGCUGCCAGAAGCCAUGAACCAGAAGUCCAUCUUGACGCAGCGCAUAUGGGUCCAGACGUGAUCCUGCUGUCACACCAGCUGCGUGUAACAGGAACGGGGGGUGUCCUGGCUACGGCUCCCUUGGUCCAGUCCAAAUCCUACUUUGAAGUUAAAAUCCAGCAGGGUGGCAGUUGGUCCGUGGGAGUGGCCACUCGGCAAACGGAUCUCAGCCGGAAGUGCGGCGGCGGAGACCGCGAAUCCUGGUGCUUGUGUUCCGACAACGCCACCCGCCACGACGACCAAGAGGAGUUCCAAGUGGUGGUGCCUGCAGCAUGCACAACCCAGCCAUCAAAGACAUCCAACGGAAUCCUGAACAGCAGCGCUGCUAGAGCGGCAGGACUCAUCGCCAUAGAAGAUCUGCAGCAGGAGGAUCUGCUGAUGACUACGGGAGUUGCUCCACCUGAGGAUAGCAUCGGCGACACCUUGAUCACAUCACCAAAGCGGGAUUAUCCAGACGAAGGUGAUAUUGUAGGGGUGGCCUUUGACCAUGUGGAGUUGAAUUUCUACUUCAACGGAAAAAAUCUAGAGGUUCCCUUUAGGAAUGUGCGGGGAGCAGCAUUGUUCCCCGUCAUCUAUGUGGGAAAUGGCGCCAUUUUGGACAUUAUCUUGGAUAACUUUUCCCACGGUCCUCCGCCUGGCUUUGAGCGUAUCCUGCUAGAACAGUCUCUUCUUUAGAAGGUUGCAUACAAAAGGACCUUAAAAGAGGAAAAGCUUCAGAACAAAACAUUCAAUAAAAAAAGAAAUAGAAAGUGCGUUUUAGGAUUAUAGGAGGAUUAUUUUCAAUUAUACCAGCAUAUUUAUAAUGAUGUUUUCAGAAAAGUAUAAAAAUAACAUAAAUUCUAGUCAAAAAUGAUGAAAAAUCUCCAUUUAAAACUUUACCAGAUCCAAGUAUUCAGAAUCUUGUAGUUGUAAAACGCAUUGUCCUAUUCAUUUGAGAACGAUUGUAUAAACUUCGAAACUUCUCUAGUCCUUGUACUCCCAAAUCCAGAAUGUGUUGUUUUUAUUUAAUCGUGUUUUUGUUUUAGUUUUGUAAAUUACUUACAAAACCUGACCCUGCGACUGCUUUUGUAUUAUACACUGAUCUGUAUAUACCUACAGACGGCAUUUUUAUGGAUCUAUAUAGCUCUAUAACCAAAUCACUUAGUCAUGUCUCACAUUCCAAUUUACAAUGGCCAUGGACCAGUCCACUUACGUAUUCGAGCACGGAAUUACCUAACUAACUCUAAGAAGCAUCUGUAUAUCUUAAUAAAUUGUAUCUACAUAUAUCUACCGCUCUGAAAACUGAUUAAUCCGCGCGCGGACAAUAAAUCUAUGUUAUGUACUUGAAAUUA